AUGGACUAUCCAGAGCAGAAGUACAAUCCGAACCAGGGUGACAGACCACAUGAUCAGAGAGAUGAACAGGUACCCAAGGAGAAUCCAAGCCAAGUUUAUUUUCUUCUGUCCUUUUUUCCUUCUCUCCAGGAUUCAAGCGUUUUAAGAAAGUCUUUUGUUGUGCUGAUUCUUGGACUCUGCCUGGCGAUCAGCCCAGAGGCCACUCCCACCUAUGAAGGCAGGGACCCGAUCAGCGGCAGACCGGUGCAGUGUGACCGCUGCCCGCCGGGGACCUUCCUGCGCGCCACAUGCUCCUCCGUUAAAAAGAGCGAGUGCUCUCCGUGUCCGCAGGGCUCCUUCACGGAGCUCUGGAACUACAUCGGGAGAUGUUUGCGCUGCGGAGUCUGCGGAAGGAACCAGGUGGUGAAGAAGGAGUGCACCGCAGACAGCGACUGUCAGUGCGAGUGCAAAGAAGGAUACUUCUACGACCAGAGAUAUGAAAUGUGUUACCAACACGCAGAGUGCAGACCCGGCCACGGAGUCCUGACCCAAGGUACACCUGAGAAAAACACUGUGUGUUACACUUGCCCUCAAGGUACCUUCUCUGACAUUUCCUCUGCGCAUCAAAACUGCACAAAUCACAAGAACUGCAGUGAGGCAGGACUGCAGUGUGUGCUGAAAGGCUCCACCUGGCAUGACAGUGUGUGUGCAAACUGUGAGGAGCUCAAAGAUGAAACUGAGUACCUUAAAGAAAUCAUCCCAUCAUUCUUCAUCUUCCACAAAAUGAACAUCAAACAACUUCGUCGGAUUGUGCAGAAGCUCCCAUCUAAGGAUGGUAAAAAGCCAGGAGAGAGUUUGGAGCUAAGCUUCUCCAAACUUCAUGCAAGAAUCUGUGAAUGGAAAUCAUCUGCCACAGCUGCACAUAUUCAGCAGCUGCCCAGCAUUAUAAGUAAAGUAGGAGAAACUACUAUUGGAGAGAAACUACAAAACAAGUUAACCCAAAUUCAAACAUUUCUGAAAGAGCGCUGUCAUUCUAAAAUGAAAAGCGAUUGAUGUUUAAUUUUUAAACAUAAAAAGUAUAAAAAGAGUUAAACCUUGCUCAUUCAAAAAAAAUGGUGGGCAAAACAAUCAUCAAUAAAAAUAACUGUAUUUUUAAAUUGCACUUUUUAAAAUUCAGAUGAUUCUGAACACAGCCGACUCACCUUUAGAUAAUUUCAGCAUUGGCAGCUUAUCGAGGUCAUUAUGAUUUUUCUAAAAAUGCAGAGUCAUUUCAUCAUUAAGCCAAAUACCCAGGACACAUAUUUUUUUUUUAGAAAUGGAGAGCUUCUUUUGAUUUUUUUUAAUUAAACUGGUUAUUUUUAUUAGAAAUAUUAUAUUUGAUCAUAAAGUAAAAUAGGAAUCUCCAGAAUUACACGAUAAUGACACCCCUAAGUAAUAAUAAUCUAUUGUUUUAUUUAGUUGAGGCAUAUAACGUCAUUUAUCACUAUGGCUGAGUUUCUUCAAGCCUCCACAUGCUCAGACAUAUUUCCUUAAGUUGCAGUACUAGAGGCAAUUAGACGUUGCUACGAUACCUCAUUACAUAUAAUAAAGCUGCUGAUUUUUUUGCCCAGUUGUGUUUUGCUGCACCCCUAGAUUAUUACACUUUUUACAGCAACAGGUUUGUCAGCUCCACUUUCAUCCUGAACAGACAUCAUCUCUACUUUGUUUGUGCUUAAUGCAAAAGGCCAAAGCCUAUAGAAAAUACUUAUUUUAUACUUAUUUAUUGCAAUGCAAGAUUUGAAAUUCAUUUUUCAUGGAUGUGGGAGAAAAAAAGGCUUAUUGGGAACGGACUGUCCGGCCCCAGCAUAAUUUGUCUCUUAUAAUAGGUUGAUGCAUCGAGGUGGGGAGAAAGGUGUGUUUUUUUUUUUCUUUGCAGUGCUGUGUGUGAAUGAUAAACAUAGUAAAAUGGAUACAGAUAGUAAAGGGUUUAUGUUAAGCGUGACCAGGAGGAACAAGGGGUCUUGGCUGGAGCCCCCAAUGUUACAAAACUUUGUAAAGGCUCUAAAUGAGCACCAUGUGCACCUGACUUCAAGGCGCUUUAUGGAGAUGUGUUUUUUUAACUCUUCUUUUAAUGCUUUUUUAUUGUUUCAAAUUUGAUGUUUGUUUUGCUGUUGUAAUGUUUUGCUACAAAGUUUUAUUCUGUAAAUUUUCAUCAUCUGUUAUUAUCUUAUGUAUAUAAUAUGAUGGGAAUCCUUCAGGAAGGUUUUUAACCUUGGGCAUUAGCAUUUCUUAAAUUAAUUUCCAGUAGGUUAUAAAGUAUAAUUGUAUUUUGUUUCAAUUACUGUCUUUGCUACAGAAAUAUUAACAAAUAUUUUUGUUUUUUGAUAAAAUUUUAUUAAAUUUUUCAAAUGAUCCUCAUUGAUGUGUACAUGUUUUAAUUUGUCUUGCUGCUGUAACAAUCUACUCGCCUCCAUAGGGAAGGUAAUCCAGU